CUAAUUAUUUUUAAUGUGUUUUUGGGAGGGAACUGGCUUCCUUAUCACUUUCACCUUUUUAAGUCAACUUUUUGGUAUCAACAUCGUCCAUAUCUUAUUAUUUCAUUCUGUAUGUAAACUAUUUAUAAAUAUUUUUUAUUAAAGGAUUUUUUACUAAUUAAAUAGAUGUUUCUUUUGAGUGUUUUCUUUUCAAAAUCGUAAAGUAUUUUAUGUAUUGGCAAAGUAUCUUUUACUGAUUACUCCUGUCUUUUUUCGUCACAGCGUCAACAGAAUUUGAAAAAAAGUAACGGAAGCCGAGUGCUUUACUUAAAAAAAUGCAAUUAGACUGAUUUAGUUUUUAUAAAUAAUUUGCUUAUAAAUCUGUUUUCGUUGUAGUGGGCACUGAGGUUAUAUAGGAAAUAUUUGAUAAUAGCGAUGAUGUCAUGUAAAUUGGUUCAGAUAUGCAGCUAGGCAAGUAGGCUCUGCCGCGAUGUUGCCUCUUCGGCUGCGUCGCGUAAGUGGACACGAGGGCCGUGAGAAUGACAUAUUGUUUCACCCGCCACGCUCGAAGCCACCGACGCCUGAGACGUUGGUGUUUUUCGGUGGAGAUGUGCAGGAUUACGAGGAGGUUAUGCAAGCCCACCGUGAUAACAGGAACUACGUGACAUGGAGUCUGGAGAACACGGCGCGUCUGCUGAGCGAACACUUUCCGACCAAACACAUCGUAGUCGUGAGACCGGCUCGGCACGUUCACGUCACCAGCAUAGAGUACAAGAGCUUCAGCUGCUAUGACAACUUCGUCCCCAGCAGCAACGCCGGAGUUCCCGAACACACGCCCACGCACAGUGCGCUGCACCACCUCGAGAAAUUGCUCCGAGAGGUGGGCAGCAGAGUAAAGGCGAUGCCGGUGAGGCAGUUGUGUGAGGCCGUGGUCUCUCUCUUCUCGGAUGAUGUCCAGCAGAGCUGUAGUCGGAAUGAUAGCGACUCAAACGGCGGAGCUAAAUGUGAUGCAGUUAAAGGAGAGAGCGACGACGAUGACACGCAAGCCUCCGCAGCCGUGAGAUGGCGCGAAGGCCUCCUGUUGGCCGAGAGCAAGGUGUCGGUGAUGGGCUUCAGCAAGGGCUGCGUGGUGCUGAACCAGUUCAUCUACGAGUUCCACUACGCCAAGACUCUCACGCCCUGGGACAAGCACAUGUGCAGGUUCAUAGAACGCAUCCAAUCCAUGUGGUGGCUGGACGGAGGCCACGCCGGAGGGAAGAACACCUGGAUCACGGCUCGCAGUCUGCUGGAGACGCUGGCGCGACUCGACGUAAACGUAUACGUGCACGUCAGUCCGUAUCAAGUGAACGACGAAGGCCGACCUUGGAUCGGAAGAGAAGAGAAGACUUUCAGCUCCUUACUUCACAGGCUCGGGGCUAAGAUCGAGCGGUACGUGCACGCAGAGGGCGGCACCCGCUACUCGCUGAUCACGCACUUCAACGUGCUCGCCAACUUCAAACAGGUGCAGGACUCGCGCUCGCCCGACCCUCACGACGUGUCCGACGAUGAAAACUAAAUGUUUCGGAAAAUGUUGCUUUUAUGGCGCAAUUCAGUUUUCACUUUCGCCGAGAGAUUUAUUUACAAUUACAAAAGAAACGUCGAAAGAUUGUAUGUGUUGGCUAAAUUCUAUUUUCAGAGUCUAGAAACGGUCCCGAGAUAUAUUUUGUUAAGAGUGUUCAAAAUUAUCUUUAUAUUUACGAAAAGAAAUUAUACACUCGGAGGUUGAAACGAAACGUCCGUAGCCGACUUACGCCCUGAUAGUUUCGUUUGACUUUUUACUCAUUAAUUUUAUUGAAUUAAAUCAUAUCGUUAAAACUGAUCUCAAUUACUCAAAUGUAAUAAUUUAUAAAAAAUAAAGAUGAUAUUUUGAACGUAA